AUGGAAGAUGGGAGGCAGCUGGUCGUCAAAAUACCCAACCCCAAUGCGGGACCAGCUCACUACACUACGGCAUCUGAAGUAGCAACCAUGCAAUUCGCCCGAGAAAAAUUGAAUAUUCCUGUACCCAAGGUUCUUGCUUAUUGCUCCCGGGGCGGAGAAAGUAAGCUUGGAGCGGAAUAUAUUGUGAUGGAGAAAGCUCCGGGCAUUGAACUGGGUCGCAUUUGGGAUGACCUCAAGGCCCGUGAAAAAUUGGCCAUUGUGAAACAAGUGGCUUCUAUUACGUGUAAUCUCGCUCGAUUCCAGUUUCCGUGCUAUGGCGCCCUAUACCGCAGGCAGGAUAUCAGCUUCGAGAGCCAGGUCAUUGACGACGAUUUUGCUGUGGGUCCUACAGUUGGGCGGGCAUGGUUCGAUGAUAGAAGAGGCGACGUGGAUGUUCCUCGGGGUCCUUGGAAUUCGGCGGAAUGCGUGAUGGAAGCACUUGUCCAACGAGAAACAGCAUGUCUAGAGAAAUUCAGAACCUUCCCCCAGGACUGCCAGCAAGGGAUAUUUGGCGGGCCCGGCUGUUAUCACCCAUCCCACAAAGCGAAGUUGUCUGUUUUGCAAGAUUUUCUCAAAAUCCACCGCCAUAUCAUCCCUCAUAGCAAGGGUGUCGCUGGUGGUGUCAUUUGGCAUAAUGAUCUUCAUACAGACAAUAUCUUUGUCGACGCCGACAAUCCGUCUCAAAUCACAAGCAUUAUCGAUUGGCAAGGCGUGCCUAUCUAUCCGAUGUUCCUAGCCUGUCAGCAUCCCUCCUUGAUAGAAUAUGAUGGGCCAAAGCUGGAUGGCUUUGUCCAACCGACGCUUCCUGAUAAUUUCGAUUCAUUUGACCCUCAGGCCAGAAAGCGCGCCAAGGAUUUAUUUGCUGCGCAGUCAUUUUGGCUUUCCUAUGAGAUUGAGGUACAGAGAGCUAUACCUGAGCUCUUACAGGCAUUUCGCUACAAAGAUUCUCUACCAGGCCAAAUCUUAGGAAUGAUCGGAUCUAUCUAUGAUGACGGAGAACCAUAUGUGCAAAGCCUACUUGCGGAUAUAAGUGAGGAAAGCACCUGGAAACAAGUUGUUGGGGCGAAUGAAACCGGCCAUCCAAAGGUGCCGUGUCCUUUGCAUUACUCAAAAGAAGAGAUUUCACACCAGCAAGUGGAAUACUCUAAGUGGCAGAAGGAUGUCGAGAGAAAGGCACGAGUGAUCGAUGAGAUAGGGGUCUAUCCCGGCUGGAAUGGGGCCGUGUCUCCUCACGAGUAUGAUGAAGUGGCCAAACGACUCAGUGUAUCAAAGCAAAACUUUUUGCUUCGAGAAUCAGCAAAUGAGCAGGAAAAGGCGCUAUGGGAGAAACUUUGGCCCUUUCAAGAUGCUGUCAUUAGAUGA